AUGAGUGAGGAAGAAGAGGAGGAGGAGGACAUCAACUUCCAAAUGCUUCUCAUGAACACAGGGACCUUUCAGGGCUCAGAUCUUUGGUGCUGGAAACAUGACCACUGUCCAUGGACCAUCUCUCCCUUCUAGUACAAUUAUGGCAUCUGAAGCUACCGCUUCCACAACAUCUCCCACUGCGACUGUGAUGCCAGGUUCCAGCAAUGCCGGGACUCAGUCCCAGAGAUCGUGGGCGUGGCCGCCUUCUUCAUGAGGCAGGAGCAGGAGGCCUCAUAUGGCUCCAUCCCCCUUGCCUGUCUCCAGCCCAGGACCCCCUACAACACAUCCUGAAGCUCCCAGGGGCCUGAUGAGGUCCCGAGGUCCUUGAGUCCAGCCCUCACUAAGCCACUCCAGAAACAGUUGCCAGAGCAGAAAGACUCUAAGCACCAUGGAAGACCCCAUGGCAUAGUACCCAUGACCCUCCAAUUCAUUGCACAUCACACAGUAGUGGGGAAAAUGGAGGAAGGGCAUACCAAGGUGUUCAUUGACCCCAAAUGUGACCCUGUUCUGGGCACCCACCACUGGGCCAGCUACAGCUUUCAUCACCUGGACCUGUGUGAGACCCAGAUGGCGCUCCAGGAGACCACGUUCCAGUUGCUCAACAGGACCUGGGAGUCAUUCUUCCACUGCGAUUGCACCUACAGGCUGGCAUGAUCCCUAAGACUCUGAAGCUUGCCCACCAAGACACAUGUGCUCUGGGAGGUGCUGGGCACCAACUGCUUCAAACUGACUCUUGCAUUUGACUGUACUAAAGGCAAUGAGUAA